AGAUUUAUUUUGAUGCCUUGACAUGAGAUCCGAAGUUUCAAGGUUUUUUAAGUGAAAUGUCAUACAUAUAUAUCCUCGAAAUCAAUUUAUUUUUAUGCUGUAUUUAGUUUCACCAUGGUAGCUUAUCCUCCUGCACUUCUGGCAAUGGCUUUGAAUUUAGAUGGCGUUCACAUUUUCAAGGAUCCGAAAGCCACAUUUACUGGUCCAUACUUAUCCUGUAUCAUCUUCAUGGUUGCUAUUUUUAUUUUUGUAACCCACAUUGACAUGUACCCAGCCUGUUUCAGAAGAUUAUGGUGGUGUGGAAGCAUGAUAUUGCAGUUCCUUAGCGCCCAAUUUAUUUUCGAAUAUCUACUUGCUGAUUUUUGGUUUCCAGUCGAAGAAUCUUUUUCCUGUCUAAUUACUCACAUAGUAGAAAUAUUGGAUCAAUGGGAUCAAAUGGAACCAAUGAAAAAUAUAUUGGAAGCACUGAAAUGCGAAACAACGGGAAUUGUUUGCAGCUACUUACUCAGUUGUUUUUUUCUACUAGCUUCCCUACAUGCAUCCAAAGUUAUCGAUGUUUCUAUUUUGGAUUGUGGGAUAGCGCCUUUUGUGCAAGACGUUUACAAAACCGCAGAAGAUUUCUUUAUCUCUUCUUUAGUUAAUUUUUCCUCGAAUAAAUCAUGCGGAAAACCUAAAAGAGCAAAAUCUAAAUGUAACGAAUGUCCUUCGAAUAGCUGUAAAAAAAAAGAUUUCGAAGAAACUGAUGACGAUGACGAAGGGGAUUGGCAACCUCCAAAAAAGUGUGGUAGACGUCGACAUUGAUUCAGCACCUAUAAAUAAAACUUUAUAAACCAAUCAAAAA